AUGGCCUUGAGCUUGUAUAUCUUUCACCUCUGCUAUAAGUUCAAAGUGUUGGUGCUUGUCACUUUGUGCUUGACGGUGCUGUGGGCCACGUGCAGUUACUUUGUGGACUACAGACAGGAGAUUUCUAAAGCUAAGAGCAUGGUGGAGAAUUUCAGGAAGGUAGCUAGCCUGGAGGACAGUCAAAAGGAAGAGAAGAGUGAAUCGGUGGCGAAAGUUCCCACGGUGAAGUCAUUUCAGGGUCACUGCCCAUCUCUGUCUCCCUACCUGCGAGGUGCCAGCAAACUCACCUUCAAAGCAUCUCUCACGCUAGAAGAAGUGCAAAAGGAGAACCCUCAGGUAGCCAAGGGUCGAUACCGCCCUACAGAGUGCUCAGCGUUGCAGCAUGUGGCCAUCCUCAUCCCGUACCGCAAUCGAGAGAAGCAUCUGCUGUACCUCCUGGAGCACCUCCACCCCUUCCUCCAGAGGCAGCAGCUGGACUACGGCAUUUACGUUAUCCACCAGGCUGGCAGCACCAAAUUUAAUCGAGCGAAACUGCUGAAUGUAGGAUACCUAGAGGCCCUAAAAGAAGCGAACUGGGACUGUUUCAUUUUCCAUGAUGUGGAUCUGGUGCCAGAAAAUGACUUUAACAUUUACAUGUGUGACAGACAACCAAAGCACCUUGUAGUUGGCAGGAACAGUACUGGAUACAGGCUACGGUACCAGGGGUACUUUGGAGGCGUAACUGCUCUAACAAGAGACCAGUUUUCCAAGGUGAAUGGAUUCUCUAACAACUACUGGGGUUGGGGUGGAGAAGACGACGACCUUCGAAUCAGGGUUGAGAUGCAGAAGAUGAAAGUGGUGAGGCCGUCUGCUGACGUAGCCAGGUACACGAUGAUCUUCCACAAACGAGACCACGGUAACGAGGAGAAUGGAGAGAGGAUGAAGCUUCUACGUCAGGUAUCCAGAACGUGGAAAACGGAUGGGCUGAACUCUUGUUCAUAUAAGCUGCUCUCCGUGGAGCAUAACCCUCUGUAUGUCAACAUCACGGUGGAUUUCAGCACGGAGCCGAAGGUCUCGUAAGGGCGAGCACCACCCGGGUCGCAGG